GUGUGUGUGCGUGUGUGUGCGUGUGUGUGCGCGCGCGCGCGCGUGUGUGUGUGUGUGUGUGUGUGUGUGUGUGAUGAAAUUCAGAUAUUGCGCAAUACGAAAAAAUUGUCAGUCGAUCGAUAGUGCCUUUCCGUAUCGGUAACAUUAAAGUCUGGAGUUAAAUUUACUGUUUCUAAAAGUUCAGUUCGUCUAUUAUUUUUAAUCUAAAAUUGUUUCUCGCGAUACGGGAUAUGCGUGCGUCGUGAAAAGAAACCGCCGAAAUAUCUUCUUCGCAAAAACGUUUCAUGUAAUGAAACGUUUGCGAAUCGUGGAACGCACUACGUUUUUACGUAUGAGAUAUUACGAUACGCGAUAAGAAUUCGCUUUCAGAUGGAUCUAUAAAAUUAAUAGAAUAAUUAAUACUGAAUAGAACGAAUUUUUAAUUAAUCGGUGUAAAAUUCAUUAAUCGAACAAAUCAUAGAACGAAUUUUUAUUUAAUCGGAGUAAAAUUCGUUAAUCAGACAAAUCACGCGAGAGUGCGCGAUUUACAUUUCUACUACGAAAUGCCUUCAAAUUUGAAAUUUAAAUAAUCGUUGUGCGCAGACGAAAAAUUCAUUUAAUUUCAACUAUGCGGAAAAAUGGCUCUUCUUACUUUUAACGUAAUUGUCGCAGCAAAAACGUAAAAAACGUAAGAGAUCUACACAAACCAGCGGCGUUUACGGUAUUAUGGUAGUUAAUAAACACUUUUAAACAAAAAGCUCUGGUCUUGCUUCCGAUUCCAAGUAUUUUAAGUAAUUGCGUAGAGCAGUAAUUAAUCUUUACAAGUAGUUCUUAUGUAGGGAAUUUUAAGUAAUUGCGUGGUGACAUCUCGAGUUAAUUAUGAAAGUUUCAAGUAUCGAAAAAGUGCGAAGGAAGAAUCUCAUCGAGGAGAAACGCAUCAAGUUGUUUUUUAUUUUCUUCAUGCAAUAUUGCAACAUUGCAGCAGCUGAUAAUUAAAGUCGAUGGUAAAGAGUUUCGCGCAUCAAACUUCAGUUUUUCAUUUCUCCACUGUAAUUAUAACUUAUCUGUUAAAAUCAACAAACAAGUUGCAAGAUAUAUAAAAAAUUCUUGUCUAUUAAGCAAAUAUCGAUUUGAUCCAUCUUUUUGGUUCUACAAAGAUCUUUCACAGCGCAGACUUGAUGAAUAAUUAUCUUUUGAAAGCUAUCGCAAGAAAUUAUUCUUGAAAUAUUAAGUUAUAACAUAUUAUAUUUGUCUUGUUGUGCUUUAAUUGUUUCUAAAAUCAAUAUUUAUUUAUAAAUAAAAAUACUAAAUAAACACACGCACACACGGGACGAAUAUAUAAUACAACCCAAUAUAUCUAUUUUGCCCCAUUUAGAGAUCAAUUGAAAUAUAUAAUUUUGCUUAAUGCGUUGUAUUAACGAUUCUUGUUUUUGCAAUGCGAAACGGAAAUUGGAACAAAGAGUUCCCAAUACUGUAUUUAAUUAAACAUUUAUGAUUUUAUUUACUAGAUUCUGAUCGACGCAUAUUAUGCCGCUGCUAGGCAAAAGAUGCAUUACGCGCUCAGAAGGUGCAAUUAAUUGCCGGUUUAAAGUAAGAGAUUAGACGUCAUCUUUGAGUUAGCUGUUGGGAUACUGGUGACGCUGAACGAUGAAAUUCUCAAGCAUCAUUGUGGAAGCUGUCAACAAGAUACAUUAGUGACAUUUAAUGCAAUGAAGAAAAUUCGAUGCGUUAGCAAAAAUGGUGAUACAUUUCUCGACAUGUGUGCAUGUGUGUGUGAAAUCUGUGAAAUUAUUUCGUGUAUAGUGAUUAUAAUGAAGUCUUAAUUCUCAUUAAUCGAGACUGUUUCUGCAAUCGAUACACUCAGAUUGAUAACCAUGGAUGUACGAAAAUUAAUAGUGAUUCGUACGAAACUACCGCAAGAUAAUUUGGUGCAAUUUAGACAAAAUUGGUCGAAAAAUGGCAAAAUAUUUGUAAUGAUAUUCAAGAGAUUUUAUUCGAACAACGAGAAGAAUAAGUCUCUUCUAUGAAACACAAAUCCACCCGCAAUAAUUGUACGUGACAACUUGAUUAUAAAACAAUAUAUUCGAUACAUAAAUAACAGAUCCAGAAGAGAGAAAGCGAAGAUUCUUGAAAAUACUCCUGAAAAAAUAAAAGAAAAAUGAAAAAUUAAAGUAAAGAAUAAGAGAAGAUUGAGCAAUUUUGAUGAAAAUACAAAAUGGUGCUUUGAUUAUGCAAUAUUAUUUUUGCAUCGCAACAUUAUGGUAUUACGAUUAUAUACAUGGUGAAUAACUAUAUACAUCUCGUAUGAGUAGAUCUUGGAUUAACGGUAAAAAUAUGAAUGUCGUGAUCGUUGAGCAUUUUGAAACGGGAAACGCUUUUCUCGUGGAAUAUCAGAUCAUGGUGAAAGAUUUUCCGCAAAAUUUAAUAUGCAAAGGAUGAACACGUAAAUAGAAACUCUGAACGCUUAAUUUGAAGAUUGAGAAACCUUCUCACUCUGAUACCUUUGCAAGAUUCAAUAAUGUCUGAUAUAGACCGCUACGAUAUUAUACAAUUGAGUUGAAAUAUGAACGAGUUUCGUUGACAGUGAUAUCAAUGAAAUAAGAGAUAUCAACCCAUCUAAGAUGAUCACCAACAAGUAAUUCAAGCAACGACUUUCGAUCGCUAUGCAGCCUGAAACAAGCGAGGGACCCGAAAAGAACCAUUCUCCACGACGUAAACAGUAAAGUCCAGCAUCAACAGCCUUCCACCAGCAUGUUGAACCUGAUGGCGACAAUGUCAACGAGCCUACCCCGAGUAGAACCUAUAUCUUCAUCGGCUUUCGUCAACACCACUAUCACCGUCAGCAGUGCAACGACCAUCACGGCCACCACAAAUAUGACAUCGUCUGCGGAGAACCCGACGGUGGAGAACCUGCCCGAGAAUAUGAAUAUGCUGUUGGUGGUGAUAAAGGGCGUCAUCAUGGGCAGCAUCAUCAUCACGGCGGUUCUCGGCAACAUGCUGGUGAUUGCCAGUGUGCGCAGGCACCGUAGACUCCGCGUGGUCACCAACUGCUAUGUGGUUUCGUUAGCGGCGGCUGAUCUAUUGGUAGCCAUAUGCGCUAUGACCUUCAACGCCUCGGUAGAGCUCUCAGGAAGAUGGCUUUUCGGGGCAGUAAUGUGCAAUCUGUGGAACUCGUUGGAUGUGUACUUUAGCACCGCCAGCAUCCUACAUCUUUGUUGCAUCAGCGUGGAUAGAUAUUAUGCCAUUGUAAGUCCGCUGGAGUAUACGGUGAUCAUGAGGCAAGGUACGGUGUGGUGUAUGUUGGGUAGCGCUUGGCUCCUGCCAGCCCUGAUAAGCUUCAUGCCGAUCUUCAUGGGAUGGUACACGACAAAGGAACAUUUAGACUACAUGGCGAAACACCCGGAGAGCUGCGAGUUUCGAGUGAACCUACCGUAUGCGGUUAUCAGUUCCUGCGUGUCUUUUUGGAUCCCAGGCCUAGUAAUGCUCAUCAUGUAUUACAAGAUCUACAAGGAAGCGAUUCGGCAACGAAAGGCGCUCAGCCGAACAUCUAGCAACAUCGUGCUCAAUAGCGUGCACCAUCAUCGCUCGUCUACCCGGCAUCAUCAUCAUCAACAGAUGUUGCUGCAGGCCGCCGCCGAUACCGGUGAGCUAGCCCUUCACACGGCACACUUCAUGGUGCCCACGGAGCUCCACGCCGUUAACGGCACCUCGAUACGACAACAAACGAAAAGUUGGCGGGCCGAGCACAAAGCCGCGAGGACACUCGGCAUAAUUAUGGGGGCAUUUCUUCUUUGUUGGUUACCGUUCUUUCUUUGGUAUCUGACGACAUCGCUGUGCGGCGAGGCGUGUUACUGUCCGGAUGCAGUGGUUUUGGUGCUUUUCUGGAUAGGGUACUUCAACAGCGCCCUGAACCCAAUCAUCUACGCGUAUUUCAAUCGCGAUUUCCGCGACGCCUUCAAAGACACUCUGAAGAGCGCCCUGCCGUGUUGCGCCGGUUGCUGGAAGACACCCUCGCAAUUCGUUUAGCGUAACAAAGUCCCAAAGAAUCCCCUUAUCAUCCCUUAUUUACCCUUUUUUUGGAUCAAGCUCCGAAUCCAAGCACAAGUUCCUAUGCCAAUGAAAAGUGUCAUCGCGCUCGUUCUUACAGCAACGACAUCGGCGUCGGCGACACGUAAUUGCCUCUCGCAUAAUCGCAUUUCGAAAUAAUGUAAUAUUCCAAUUUCAAUAAUGUAAUAUAAUCCGCUAGUGCUAUCACAUCGCCAGCGGGAGGCGCUUUCGACAAACGCUUUCGGAGAAAUACGAGAUCGAAAUUAACACACCCGAAGAGCAGAUCUAUUAAAAUUGGAUAUUAGCGAGUAUAAUCGGUGCUAUUACUGAGCGAUUAUCGUCGAUACGCUUUCGUAUUAUAGCCGUCAAAAUUUACGUGGCUAAAAUACGGAGGCGGAGUCCCUCCUCGGCGUGGGUAGUCGGAAAAAUUUAUUCCACAUGAUAAGAUGACGUUUCUGAAAGUAAAAUAAUAAUAAUUGAAACAUUUUCGAGAAUUCUGACUCGCAGAGAUCACUCGAAAACGAUUAAGAGUAACUUGAUGAUUACAAUCUUUUUGCAUUAUUUUCUUCACAUCAUUCUCAUGCUGAUUGCACGCGUGACGAUCAAAUCAUCGAGAAUGAAACAAUAAUGAUGAAAUUGUAACAUUACUGCGCAAGCGAAAUGAGAUAAAAUAAUGGAAUCUUGAAGAACUUUUGAUUGGAAAUAAAUAAAUGCCGAAAUGUAAUGCGGGUAAGUGCUUGCGGGGCACAAAAGGGACUUUGUUAAUCUGCGUUUAUCUUGUAAAUAUGUCGAGAUAUCUGACUAGCGCUAAUUAGAUGUAAUUACUAGGGCGCCGGCACAGGCGAGGUGUUGUAUUAUAUUGUAACGAAACACUUAUCAACGCGGCGAUAUCGUGUUCGUAACGUUAUCGUAAUCACAAAACAAUAAUGUCGCGAUGGAUCAUCCGGGCUGAGGAUAUUCAUCGUGCGCCAUCGCGUCGUUUUGCCUGUAUAAAUGUACCAUAUAUAGCAAUAACUACACGGAGGAGGAUUGUAAAUACGUAGCAACACGCGUGGAUACUUGUCAUUUUUCUAAGUAGGAAGUAUAACGUACUUGAUGUACGUUGGCGUCGAGUUUUGGGUAUUUUAUGUGUCGUUUGAAUGUACACGGUAAGAACGUGAUAGAGAAAGAGGGUUAAUGCGUGUGUGUGCGUGCGUGCGUGCGUGCGUGUGUGUGUGUGUGCGCGCGCGCGCGCGAUAAUGAAACUAUCUUACGCGCGCAGUUACGCGGACCGUCCGAGUAAAGAUACCGUAAUAAUUAGCGUAAUUCCUUGGCAGACACGGCUCUCCCGUGCAAUCUUGCAAUUUCUGACAAGUCAUCCUUUACGUUCUCUUAACGAGGCUCGCCGGAAACGAGGUUCAAGUAUCCUACUUUACACUAGUAUUAUCGCGGAUUCUCUCGCUUUUCGAAAAUUCGUCAUCGGGCGAAUCGGCUAUCUCCGUUAGAGGAACGCAUCAAAUUCGGAGCUCGUCAAUGGUUUAGCACAUCGGUGACAACAUCGACGACAACAACGAGAAAACUUAUACCGGCAAAUUUGUAAUAAACGCAUUAAAACGUCUCAAUUUACGAAAAAUUCCAACAAGGUAUAAAUUAACGAAGGAACUGCUGCACUGCGCUGGAGAUAUCUCUCUGCAUAAUCCGUUAGAACGAAACACGGCGAAUCUAGAAUUAGACUCACACAGAAGACUGGAUAAUAAUAUACGUGCCGUAUCUAUUUUUGUCCCCCGUUUAUAGCAAAUUACUCGUCCGCGUAGAAAAUCUUACGGACCUUGCGAAUAGUGUCAAGCAACACCUCGAUUUGCCUCCCAUACUUUCUGACUAUACGAAUUUUCAGCUCAAAUGAUUAAUUUAACAUUCAACUUGAGGCGAGAGUGACCGAGUGUUUCCUUCCCUCUUCACGCAUUCAUACUAUUCUUACUUUCCUAUACCGCAUCGUCGAUAAGCGUUUAGACGUUUCAUAUCGGGCUUCCGUUCAAGUAGAUUUCAGCUGAUCGUAAAAUGCAAGAGAAGAGAAAAGGAAUAAAGUAGAACACAGGAGACUCAUCACAAACUUUUAUCAGCGAAAUAAUCGAUCGAGUUCGUUUGUUCGUGCGAAUGCUGAAUCCGACAAUCCCAAGUAAUGCAAGGAAAAUCGCAUUCAUCGAGGAAACAACGGUUUAACUUAAGUCGCGCUGUACACACAGGGCCUAAAACGAACAUGGUAGCGUUUUAAAGAGCGGUACUAGCAAUUCACUGCAGCGGUAACUUUAGGUCGGCGUAGGCGUUUCAAAGUGUCUGGCGGCAGAUCAGACACAUGCAGAGUAGGUAGAAUUAAGUGCGAAUGUGAAAACGCGACGCGAAAGGACUGAUAUGUAGAUACUUAUGUAAAUUGUGAGGGUAGAAAGGGAACGAGAAUCGGGGACGAGGAAGAGGGAGCGUCUAUAUAUAAGUAUAUAAGUGAAUCGAAACGGAAUAAAAUGGGCUCAAAUGGGAUACCUUCUGUGCGUAAUCUAUGGCUCGAAAUAUAUUGGCUUUAUACGGGUGACUUGGAAAUUUUCAUCCAGAAAAGCAACAAGUAUCUUUACAUCUUAACUUCAUUCGUUUAACUGAACUCUUAAUUUAAUCCAAUAUUAUUUUGAUGGCUAAUUUAGGAAAUUAAUUUUGUUUCUACUAAAACAUCCUGCAUAUAUCGGCAUUUAUACGUAAGGCAUAUUGAUAUUAAGAAUAUCAUUCUCUGGUGGAUGUGAUAAGACAUUUAUCUUUUUCGCCUAUCGAGCCAAUUUUGUUCUAUUCGAUAAAAGCUGAUGAGAGAAAGAGAGAGAGAGAGAGAAGGAUGGAAAAUAAAUGAGAUUACAUUACGAAGGACA